GCGUUCAGCUCUGUCAGCGCACCGCACACCUCGCGUUCCCGCCAGGCCCCCGGGCCGCCUUCUGCGGUCGCCAUGACGGCGGCCGUGUUCUUCGGUUGCGCUUUCAUUGCUUUUGGGCCUGCGCUCGCGCUCUACAUCUUCACCAUCGCCACCGAGCCGUUGCGCGUCAUCUUCCUCAUCAUCGGAGCUUUCUUUUGGUUGGUGUCUCUACUCCUUUCCUCCCUUGUUUGGUUCAUAGCAGGAACCAUUACUGGUGACAAAGAUGGACCAACACAGAAAUACCUGCUGAUCUUUGGGGUGUUAGUCUCAGUCUUUAUCCAAGAAAUGUUCCGGUUUGCAUAUUAUAAACUUUUAAAAAAAGCCAAUGAAGGUUUGAAGAAUAUAAACGCAGAUGAGACAGCACCGUCUAUGCGACUGCUGGCCUAUGUUUCUGGCUUGGGCUUUGGAAUCAUGAGUGGAGUAUUUUCCUUUGUAAAUACCUUGUCUGACUCCUUGGGGCCAGGCACGGUGGGCAUUCAUGGAGACUCUCCCCAGUUCUUCCUAAAUUCAGCUUUCAUGACGCUGGUAAUCAUAAUGCUGCAUAUGUUCUGGGGCAUUGUAUUUUUUGAUGGCUGUGAGAAGAAGAAGUGGUAUGCCCUUCUUGUAGUUCUUCUGACCCAUCUGCUGGUGUCAGCCCUGACCUUCAUAAAUCCUCAUUAUGGAAUAAAUCUGGUGUCAGCAUAUAUAAUCAUGGUGCUCAUGGGCAUCUGGGCAUUCUUUGCUGCUGGAGGCAGCUGCCGAAGCCUGAAACUAUGCCUGCUCUGCCAAGACAAAGACUUCCUCCUUUUCAACCAGCGCUCCAGAUAACCCCCGAGCUUAAACAGUAAGCUGCAUCUUUAGAGGAAGCACAACUGUGCCUUUUUUUAAAAUCCCUUUUCCUGGUGGAAUU